AUGCCUAAAGCAGAAAAGGUCCGCUCGGCGACCUCCACUCGCGCGGCCAAUCCUCUCUUCGAUAAGACCCUUGGUCAGCACAUCCUGAAGAACCCGCUUGUUGCGCAGGGAAUUGUUGACAAGGCUGCACUGAAGUCGACAGAUAUCGUUCUCGAAGUAGGACCCGGUACCGGUAAUUUGACAGUGAAAAUCCUCGAGAAAGCGAAGAAAACGACCGUCGUGGAAAUGGACCCUCGUCUCGCCGCCGAACUGACAAAACGUGUGCAAGGCACACCCGAGCAGCAUAAACUCAACAUCAUCCUCGGAGAUUUUCUGAAAGUCGAUUUGCCUUACUUCGACGUCUGCAUAUCCAACACGCCGUACCAGAUUUCCUCGCCAUUGGUGUUCAAACUGCUGCAGCACCGCCCAUUAUGGCGCUGCGCCGUGCUCAUGUUUCAGCGCGAAUUUGCGCUCCGUCUUACCGCUCGACCGGGAGAUGCGCUGUACUGCCGUCUGUCUGCGAACGUCCAGCUGCUCGCGAAAGUAGAUCACGUGAUGAAAGUCGGCCGAAACAACUUCCGUCCACCACCGCAGGUCGAAUCCAGCGUUGUGAGGAUCGAGCCACGACAGCCUCCACCGCCUGUAGACUUUGACGAAUGGGAUGGAUUAUUGCGAGUCUUGUUUGUGAGGAAGAACAAGACCGUCGCUGCGAACUUCAAAACGCAGUCUAUUCUGGAUAUGUUGGAGCACAAUUACAAAACGUACUGCUCGUUACGGGGGUUGGAUGUGCCGAUGGACUUUGAUGUCAAGGCAGCGGUCUUGGCCGUUCUGGAUUCCGUCGGCAUGUCGGAAAUGCGUGCGUCAAAGAUGGAUAACGACGAUUUCUUGAAGUAUAUUUUGAUGCAUGGGCUUUUCUCGCUCCCUGUCGUGGUUACUUACCAUGUGUUCCCCUACCUACCAGAUUGCUUUGCGCAUUCAUUGAUGCAGGUUUCCGGUUCACAUCGUCCUAGAUAA